AUGAAAAUCGACGACAAGUUCUUUAAAGAGAGGUUUUUAGAACGUCUACCGUCGUCGGUAGAAACAAUCUUGGCCUCUGGCUCCGACGACCUAGAAAUAUCAAAGAUAGCGGAGAUGGCUGACCGUAUGAUGGAGGUUGAGCGUUUGUCAUCCCCGACGAUUGCUCAGGUGUCACAGCCUCUCAACGUGUCCACCUCUGACCUAGCAGAACUAAAGACACAGAUUGCGCAGUUGUCAGCGACUGUUGCCGCUUUGCAGAUGCGCCGAUCCCCCGGUCCCUCUCGACGUUCCUUCGGCCGUGACCGACGUCGUUCCCGCUCUCGCCCCAGGACCGCUAACCUAUGUUGGUAUCAUGUCAACUAUGGCGACAAGGCGUGGCGCUGUGUCCCACCCUGUUCCUUCAAGUCCACGCAGGGAAACUCCUCGGCGGGAGAGUAAAUGCGGCCGAGCUCCCUGACAACUCUACGGGUGGCACAUUUUACGUGAGUGAUAUCACGAGUGGCAGGCAUUUUUAAGUCGACACUUGCCCUCAACUUAGUGUUAUCCCUCCCACGCCAGCCGACCGACGUUGCCCAAACCAUGGUCUUUACCUUCAAGCCGUAAACUCAUUCCCCGUUACAACCUUUGGAUUUCGAUCCCUCUCUCUGGAUAUUGGUCUCCGGCGAUUAUUCCCCUGUAUAUUUGUGGUUGCUGAUGUUCCCACUGCUAUCCGUGGUGCUGAUUUUUUGGCCGCCUUUGGGCUUCUGGUGGAUAGCAGACAACUUCGUCUCCAUGAUCGCGCACCUAUCCUCACCGUCAAAGGAUUUCCUCCAUCCUCAGCUUCUAACCAACUCUCUGUCCCUGACCUAAACCCUGAAUGUCCAUUUCGUAGACAUUUAGCAAAAUAUCCUACCCUCACUCGUCCCAAAUUCCACGUUUCUAUUCCACCACAUGGCGUUGUUCACCGCAUUCGGACCACCGGCCCUCCCGCGUUUGCUCGACCGAGACGACUAGCACUGGAGCGUUUUCUGGCCGCGAAGGCAGAGUUUGAACAGAUGUUGCAACUGGGAAGAAUUCGACCGUCCGAGAGCCCUUGGGCGUCCCCACUGCACAUGGUGCCCAAGACUACAACAGGCGACUGGAGACCCUGUGGCGACUAUCGUGCCCUCAACAGCGCUACCGUUCCUGAUAGGUACCCCGCACCUCAUCUCCAGGACUUUGCUGGAGCUCUUUUCGGCAAAGCGGUUUUCUCGAAGAUUGAACUGGUGCGUGCUUAUCAUCAGAUUCCAGUCGCCUCUGAGGACAUCUCUAAAACCGCCGUUACCACAACCUUCGGUCUCUUUGAGUUCGUACGCAUGACCUUCGGUCUUCGUAAUGUCGCCAAAACGUUCCAAAGGUUCAUUGACCAUGUCAUACGUGGCCUACCAUUUGUGUACGCCUACAGUUAUGACCUCUUGGUGGCCAGCCAGAAUGAGGAAGAACAAACAGAGCAUCUUGCCUUGGUGUUUGAGCGUCUUGCCAAGUUUGGCGUUGUCAUCAACCCCUCCAAGUGCGUGUUGUGUGUGCCUUCACUCGAGUUCCUCGGCCAUCAGGUUGACUCUGAAGGUUUGCGUCACCACCCUUCUAAGGUUGAAGCAGUUCGUAAUUUUCCUUCUUUAACUUCCAAGCGUAAGUUACAGCGAUUCCUCGGCAUGGUCAAUUUUUAUAGCCGGUUCCUACCGAACUCUGCUGAUCUCAUGUUGCCGCUCACCAACAUGCUUUCUGGUCCCAAAGGUCCCCUCGAGCUGACUGGUGAAACACUGACUGCUUUUGAGAGAAUCAAGACUUCUCGCUGAUGCCACCUUACACACGCAUCCCGGUCCCGAAGCUCAGCUGUCUAUGAUGGUAGAUGAUUCGACCGUUGUCGUAGGUGCAGUCCUUCAACAACACCUUGCUGGUUCGACUCAACAACUUGCCUUUCUCUCCAAAAAGCUCUUACCAGCUGAGACACGCUACAGUACCUUUGGCCGUGAAUUACUUGCAUUUACCUGGCUGUGAAGCAUUUCCGGCAGUUCCUUGAACGUCGUGACUUCACCGUUUUCACUGGCCACAAAACGUUGACUUUUGCACUUCUUUCCCACACUGACAAACUAAACCCCCGGGAAAUCCAUCAACUAGACUACAUCUCACAGUUUACCUCAGACAUCCGCCACAUCGACGGGUCAAUCAAUGAGGUGGUUGACGCACUGUCCAGCCCCUCAAUUGCUCAUCUUCAGCUUUCACCCGGGAUAGACCUCGCUGAGAUGGCCGCUGAACAACGCCGUGUCGGUUCACCUUGUGAUAAGGAUGUUUCCGGACUCCAACUUCAGGAACUACCACUGACAACUGGCAACGGCACCAUAUUAUGCGACGUAUCCACCCCUUCCCAUCGUCCAUUUGUGCCAUUAUCUCUCCGGCGCAAAGUUUUCUCCUCCCUGCACAAUCUGUCUCAUCCUGGGAGUCGAGGAACCGACAAGCUGGUUUCCGACCACUUCGUCUGGCCUGGUAUGCACAAGGGCCUCAAGGCAUGGACACGGGCUUGUAUUGCCUGUCAAUGGAGCAAGAUCCAGCGGCACAACAAGGCCCCCACUGACACCUUCCCGGGCCCUGGUUCAAUGUUCAGCCACGUUCACCUGGACAUUGUAGGCACCUUGCCUCUGUCCAAUGGUUGUUCCUAUCUCCUCACCUGUGUGGAUCGGUUCACUCGGUGGCCUGAAGCAAUUCCUCUGCCUGACAUUGCUGCUCCAACGGUGGUCAAGGCUUUUCUCAGUCGUUAGGUUGCUAUCUUUGGUUCACCCUCCACAAUCACGACUGACCGUGUUGCCCAGUUUGAGACUAACCUCUUUCAGUCUUUACUCUCCUUUUUAGGCUGUACACGAAUCCGGACGACAGCCUAUCACCCGGCUGCUAACGGGAUGGUCGAGCGGUUUCACCGCCGGCUGAAGGCUUCCCUACGCUCCGCGGCCGAUCCGGAGAACUGGACAGACCACCUUCCCCUGGUCCUCUUGGACAUCCGCUCCGCUCUCAAGCCGGACGUUGACUGUUCCGCAGCUGAACUGGUGUUCGACUCCAACGUCCGACUUCCCGGUGAGAUGUUCUCGCCAACCCCAAAAUGAGCGGUUGAGGAUCCCACCAACCUGCUGCAUCGCCUUCGGCAGUUUAUGCAGACACUUUCUCCGGUUCCUCCAAGGUCCUCCGCCUCUCCGUCAUAUCUCGAGAAGGACUUGGCAACGUGCUCUCACGUCUACCUUCGAUGUGAUCAAGUCCGUCGGCCUCUGGAACCGCCCUAUGACGGCUCAUUUCGGAUGCUCUCUCGCGGGCCGAAGACUUCCCGCAUUCAGCGCGACAAUCGUGAAGAGGUCGUGAGUGUGGACCGCCCCAAGGCUGUCGUCACUGACACUCCUCCGGAUGAGCCCUGUGGUCCUCUACCUUCUGCUUCCCCCCAUGCAGCCUUUAUUCCACCGUCCCGUAUUUCCCGCUGCCCUCCUGUCCGCCACCUCCGACUGCCACCACCAACUCCAACACUGCCGCCACCAGAUUUAUUCACUCUUCUACGGACCCUGUAUUUAUCACUCGCAGUGGUCGUCAUGUACACUUUCCUGAUCGGUUACAUUCAUUUCUUCUAG